CGCUGAACUAUAAAUAAUUGUCGAUGCGCGGUGCUACGCCACAGUCACAUUUCUGCAUUCGUCGUGUGGAUUUGAUUCUGAGCAAAAAAUGAAACUUCUCAUCGCUCUCGCCCUGGUGGCCGUUGCCAGUGCAGAUGUCUCCCAUCUGUUCUCGCACAGCAACAACCUGCAGGAUGAUGGCUACGUCUACGAUCCACCAUCGAAUCCACUUGUGAUCGAUGUGCCAUAUGUGCCCAAGGAGUCGGCACCACCAACCGUCAUCUAUCAGGCGCCCAAGCCAACGCCUCCUCGCCCCGUCUACACCGCGCCCCCAGCUAAGGUCUACACCCCAGCUCCUCCAGCCAAGGUGUACACUCCAGCUGUUCCCGCUGGUGCCCUGAAGGAGGAUGGCUACCAUUAUGGCGAGCCAUCGAUCAAGUUCGAAACCUACGAGAAGCCCGUGGAGACUGCCCCUGCACCAGUGUACGUGAAGCCCGCGGCUCCAGUCUAUGUCAAGCCUGCAGCACCAAAGGUUGAAUAUCUGCCCCCUGCACCCGUGAAGAAGGUUGUGUACACUCCUCCUCCACCACCACCAGCACCGGUUAAGAAGGUCGUUUACACUCCUCCUCCACCACCGGUGUACGUCAAGCCUGCACCACCAAAGGUUGAAUAUCUGCCCCCUGCACCAGUCAAGAAGGUGGUCUACACUCCACCCCCACCACCACCAGCGCCCGUGAAGAAGGUCGUGUACACUCCACCCCCACCACCACCAGCACCAGCUGGCGUCCUGAAGGAGGAUGGCUACCACUACGGACAGCCCUCGGUCAAGUUUGAGACCUACGAGAAGCCAGCUCCCGCUGUUGUUGUCAAGAAAGUUGUGGCUCCCGCACCAGUCUAUGUCAAGCCUGCCCCACCCAAGGUUGAAUAUCUGCCUCCUGCACCCGUGAAGAAGGUUGUCUACACUCCUCCCCCACCACCACCAGCACCCGUGAAGAAGGUUGUGUACACUCCUCCUCCACCACCGGUGUACGUGAAGCCCGCAGCACCCAAGGUCGAGUACCUGCCCCCUGCACCAGUGAAGAAGGUUGUGUACACUCCUCCUCCACCACCACCGGCACCUGUCAAGAAGGUUGUCUACACUCCUCCCCCAGCACCCGUUAAGAAGGUCGUGUACACUCCUCCUCCAGCACCAGCACCAGCUGGCAUCCUGAAGGAAGACGGCUACCACUACGGACCGCCUUCGGUUAAGUUCGAGAGCUACGAGAAGCCCGCACCAGCAGUUGUUGUCAAGAAGGUUGUGGCUCCCGCACCAGUCUAUGUGAAGCCCGCGGCUCCAGUCUACGUGAAGCCCGCGGCUCCAGUCUACGUGAAGCCCGCGGCUCCAGUCUAUGUCAAGCCUGCAGCACCAACAGUUGAAUAUCUGCCUCCUGCACCCGUGAAGAAGGUCGUGUACACUCCUCCUCCACCACCACCAGCACCCGUGAAGAAGGUUGUCUACACUCCUCCUCCACCACCGGUCUAUGUGAAGCCCGCACCACCAAAGGUCGAGUACCUGCCUCCCGCACCCGUGAAGAAGGUUGUGUACACUCCUCCUCCACCACCACCACCGGCACCCGUGAAGAAGGUCGUGUACACUCCUCCCCCACCAGUGUAUGUUCAGCCUGAGGGUCCCAAGGGCUACAGCUACCCCAACGAUCCCCAGCCAUCGUUCGACUAUUAGGCUAUUGUAGGCUUCUUGUAAAUAUAAAGAAUCUUCAUUAAGUAUUAGACAUAUUUUUGAACGAAUGGUGAAUGCAGUGGUUUGGGCUUUCGCACGAAAGACGAAUCCACUUGGAAUAACUGUCAAAAUAAACAAAAAUCAAUCGAAUGGAAA